ACCAGGCUGGGAGGGCACCGUGCGCCGGCGUGCUGCGCACCGUGGCGAACAGCGACCCCACGCGACCGCGGUCAGACGCCCGCGCGCGACGUCCCGGUGUCGAUACCGUCGGUGGCUCCGUCAGUGUUGUCGUUAUCGCCAUCAUGUCGCUCUCGUGCGUCCUGGAAGCCCCCCCGUCAGGAUUCAGUUUCGACAACGCAGAAAGAAACGUGGCGUUGGAGGGUCAGCUGGGGGGAGGAAAGGCACCCAGACCCUUGAAGACGGGCACCACCAUAGCGGGACUGGUGUUUAAAGAUGGGGUGGUUCUUGGGGCCGACACGAGAGCCACUUCCAGUGAAGUCGUGGCUGACAAGAUGUGUGCCAAGAUCCAUUUCAUUGCGCCCAAUAUCUACUGCUGUGGAGCGGGCACUGCAGCAGACACAGAGAAGACCACAGACCUCCUGUCGUCCAACCUCACCAUCUUCUCCCUGAACAGCGGGCGCAAUCCACGUAUCGUCAUGGCUGUCAACAUACUGCAAGACAUGUUGUACAGGUACAAGGGCCAGAUUGGAGCACAUCUCAUCCUGGGAGGAGUGGAUUGUACUGGGAACCAUCUCUACACAGUGGGGCCUUAUGGAAGCAUGAAUAAAGUUCCUUACCUUGCAAUGGGCUCUGGUUACCUGGCAGCUCUUGGCAUCAUGGAGGACAGAUUCAAACCUGACAUGGAGAUGGAGGAGGCGAAGGAGCUGGUGCGUGACUCCAUCCAUGCGGGCAUCAUGAGUGACCUGGGCUCAGGCAACAACAUUGACAUCUGUGUGAUCACUAGACAGGGCGUGGACUACAUCCGACCCUACCGGGAGUCUGAGUUUAAAGACCACAGGUUAAGGAAGUACAAGUACCGUCCAGGCACAACGGCAGUUCUGGCCGAGAAAGUAGUCCCGCUGAAGCUGGACGUUGUGGAGGAGACGGUUCAGCGGAUGGAUACAGCCUGAGCCGUGCCACACCUCGACGCGGCAUACUAAAUAUUAUUCUCAGCUGCUGAAGAAAUGAAAUAGCCUCCAACUUUUUUAAACAGUGCAAGGGACAGUCAUUAAUUUCUGGUACAUGUAUUACAUACAUAUUUUGGUCAUCACAAAUACAAUAUUUUGAUGUGAUGAGCAGGCCACAGAUGUAUUUGAGAUAUCUCACUUUCAAACAGGUCCUGCACUACUGCUACGGUGGUGCUGCACCUCCAUAGAGAAUUAUUUGGAAUGUCCCACUUUAAUAAUACUGGAUAGACGAAAUGACAAACAGGUGUUCCUGAUUCCUGACAGACACAGCACGGGGCGUCUGUGGGGUGGGACGGGGCAGGGGAUUCUUGUACAAGGGUAUGAAUCACAGGCCUCUGCUAUGUCCGGAGGAUUAUGAUGCACUUUUAAAUGUGAAAUUUGUGCUCAAAAUUUGAAUAAAAAUUACG